AAAAGAAGAAUAAAACACCCUCCUCCAGUCUUCGGACCGUUUCUCUAUGUCUUUCUUGAUUUGAAACAACGCUAGCGGAGAUCUCAAAUGCGCCAUCGAUCCUUUGCAUCUUCGCUCUCUGCCUUCACCGGGACGUCUGCAGUCUUUCUUUUGUUAGAGGAAUAUAUCAUCGCCUUCUUGUGUUCCUGAUCAUGGUUGGGAGAUCUUUCUCUCUGGAUUUCUGUGAUCAAGUGGGGACUGGGGCUUCUGUCUUCACUCAUCAGUUAAGGGAUGAUGGCAAGCGACUGGGGAAAGGGUGCUAAUAAAGGUGAAACUUCUGCAUCUGCUUCUACAUCUGCUUCUAAUGCUGUUCAGGAUGUGUGUGGUGAUGAGAUUCAAAGACGGCGGCCCUUGCAUGGGAGGACCACUGGUCCAACGCGUCGCUCAACCAGAGGGCAGUGGACUUCCGAAGAGGACGCAAUACUGCAAACAGCUGUCCAGGAGUUUAAAGGAAAAAAUUGGAAAAAGAUAGCUGAAUGUUUUCCAGACCGGACCGAUGUUCAGUGCUUGCACAGGUGGCAGAAGGUUUUAAAUCCUGAGCUUGUGAAAGGACCAUGGACAAAAGAGGAAGAUGAGAAAAUCAUUGAAAUGGUAAAUAAACAUGGACCCAAGAAGUGGUCCACCAUUGCUCAAGCAUUAAAUGGACGCAUUGGAAAACAAUGCCGGGAAAGGUGGCACAAUCAUCUUAACCCUGCUAUUAACAAGCAGGCAUGGACUCAAAAAGAGGAGAUAGCACUGAUUCAUGCUCAUCAAAUUUAUGGAAAUAAAUGGGCAGAGUUGACCAAAUUUUUACCAGGCAGGACAGACAAUGCUAUAAAAAAUCAUUGGAACAGCUCUGUAAAGAAGAAAUUGGACUCAUAUCUGGCAUCGGGUCUGCUAGCCCAGUUCCAAGGCCUGCCUCAUGCGGAAAAUCCUGCCCAGUGCAUCUCUUCAUCUGUAGUGAAUCAACAAAACAGUGAAGAUAGUCGCAUUAAAGACAGACAAGAGGUUGAAGAUUCAUCAGAAUGUAGCAAAGAGUCAUCAUCAGCCUUGGUUGGUUGCUCUCAAUCUGACUACGAAUUGGCUAUUACAGUUCGUGAUGAUAUACAACUUGCAGAGGCUGCCAAGAAGAAAGAUAUACAUGAUUCUCAGUUGUCAAUGUGCUCCAAAGACUAUUACGCUUCCAUGGAGGAAAUUGAGUGCAUUGUCCCUGAGACACAAUGUGAACCUAUGGUCUCCGUAACUGCUCCCUGUCAAAAUUUGCAUGAGAUUGAAAUAUCAGGAAGAUUGGCUAACCAAAUGGUUUCACAAGAAUUGCCUAACUCUUUGCUGGAGGCAGCCCAGAGAUCACCAGAGUUAAAAAGGACAUCAGAAUACCAUAAAAACAAAUCUCUUUUGUUUCCAGAUUCUGGAGGACCGAAAAUGGCUACAUGUAUCACAAACAGUGGUGUAGAAUCUGAGAACCACAAUAAAAUUUCAAUGGCUGAAGCUGAUUGCUGUAGUGGAAGUGUUUUUGGGGCAGAAAUGCAUGAAGAUGUUACUAUGGAAAAUCCUAUUACUGCACCAAACAUUAUAAAUAUGGAUUACUACUUGGGAUCUGGAAGUUCCCAACCUGAUUUCUACGGUUCUUUGGCUUAUAGGAAUUUAAUUUCUUGCUCACAGCCUCAAUAUCCAGCCAAUUCAUCAGAUAUGCUGGGGAACUCAUAUUGUCAGGGUUUGAUGACUGUAGUUCCUCCAUCUUAUAUAUGUCCAGAUGAUGGAAAACCAAUUUGUAGAAGUGAUGAUGCUGUGACUAGAGACAUUUCUGUUGGAACUCAAUAUUCAGAACUUAUUACAUGCAUGUAUGAUGGCUUUGCUUAUUCCAACUGCUCUUCUUUAUCCCCUAGUGGUGGUUCUAGGUCUAAGAUUUUUGUGCCUGAAGACCAGCACAAAGAAAAUGAAACUCCGGUGCAAACCUAUAUGGCAAUGAUGGAUUCUGAACCUCCAAAUGCCAUGGAUAACAUUACAUCAUCAGAUGAAAAUCCAGCCAUACAGACUGAAGAACAUCCGGAUGCUGGAGCUCUAUUUUAUGAACCUCCACGUUUUCCAAGCUUGGAAAUUCCAUUUGUCAGUUGUGACCUUAUAUCCUCUGGUGAUCUUCAGCAGGCAUACAGUCCCCUUGGAAUUCGGCAGCUGAUGAUGUCUUCUACAUCAUGCAGCCUAUGGGAUUCACCUUCUCAUGAUGAGAGUCCUGAUGCUUUACUUAAAAGUGCUGCCAAAAGCUUCAUAUGCACCCCUUCCAUUAUGAAGAAACGGCAACGUGAACUGUUGUCACCUUUGCAGGAACGGAGAAUUGACAAGAAAUCUGGCAUAGACACGGAUCGUGUGUUAUUUUCAACACCUUCUAUAAGCAGAACUGAUAAUUUCUCAAUGGGCAUCAUGAAUGAUGAAGGUGUUGCUCCCAGAAUUUCUUCCUGUUCUAGUGAGGCCAAUGCUCUUUACCCUUCAAAUCAUCAGAAAAAGAAACAUGAGAUUUGUUUGGAGCAGAAAGAAAAUUUGGACUGCACUCCAAGUUAUCAAAAGGAUGAAGAUGCCUUGGUGGAAGCUAAAGCCAGGAUUUCAAGCAACGAAUCCAAAAGCAGUUUUUAUCAAGCUAAGAAGGAACAAUGCACAACUGCCAUCAGUGCCCCAACUAACCUUCAUGCUAAUGUUACAGAAAAUGAACCACCUGCUGGAGUUCUUGUUGAACAUAAUACCAAUGACAUGCUGUUGUUUUCAACUGAUCAAGAUGGGCAUCCUGUAAAUGGACAAAUAAGAACUGCUGCUAGGUCUUUGGAAGACCAAACUUUCAGAAGUUUUGAGAUUUCACCAAACAAGGGUCACUCAGAUGCUCGAUCUGAAGCUUUAUCUGAUCUUUCUGGCCCCCUGUCUCCUAGAGUUGGUGAAAGUAUGCAGGAACAGCAACAGGUUCCGGUUACAUCAGCACAAUGUGCCCUGUCAGUGCAUCCAUUAGAGGUUUCAGUUGAAAAGCAUGGUUCAUUGAUUGACAUGGACCUUGAAAACUUAAACAUCAGUUUUGCUGACACACCAGGCAUCAAAAGAGGGAUAGAAUCUCCUUCAGCAUGGAAAUCACCUUGGUUUAUGAAUUCACUUCUUCCAGGACACAGAAUCGAUACAGAUAUAACAUUUGAGGACAUAGGAUACUUCGUGAGCCCAGGAGACAGAAGCUAUGACGCCAUUGGACUGAUGAGACAGUUAAGUGAACACACUGCUUCUGCUGUGGCCGAGGCACAAGAGGUAUUGGCAAGUGGAAGCCCCGGAGUGGAUUUUGACAAAAGACACUCUGGCAAGGAAAAUUUCCAGAAAGAAAAUAUUCAGUCAGACAAAGAACUGGGAGAUCAUCCUCUGACACCGAAAGUCAUGAUGGAAGCGCGAAUUCUUGAUUUCAAUGCAUGUGCAACACCUGUCAGGAAAACAGAAAAUAAGAAAAUAGGCAAUAUAGGAACCUCAGUAAACUUCUCGAGCACAUCUUCUUAUCUUAUGAAGGGCUACCGGUAGCUGGUUGUGGUAUUGCCAAAAAUGAAAAUAACUUCAGCCUAUCUCUUCUAAGCAUUAUUCAAAGAGAGAUGAGCUCAGUGGAAGCAUAUUGACAGGUAAUAUAUCCUUAUGUGCUCCCUACACCAUGUGCGUUACAUGUGCUGAAUGCUUGUCAGCUAAUAUGAGACCUUUACCCACAAAAAAGAUAUGGGAACCAACUCUGGAACCAAAAUGCUCUUCCUUCGGUACCAAAACAUUGGUAAAUCAUUUGUGGCAUCCAAUUACCAAAACAUUGGUAAAUCGUUUGCAGCAUUCGAUCUCCAUGACCGGUUGUAUUUGAAACAGAUUUCAUAUUGAAAUUUAUGCAUAUUUUAUGUCAUCUACUUUUAUGCAUAAGCCAUGGUCCUGACUUGCUCAAAUGGCUUAUAAGGUCCUAAAGUACUCCUGGCACCCAGGAAUGGAAACCCCAUGUUCUUUCUAUUUCUUUGUAUAUUUGAUUUGAUACCUCUGUAAGAUGCACAACUUGGGGACAACUGGCUGCCUCAGGAACAUGGACUUGGUUAGUCUUCUCGUCUCAGCCAUGGGUAAUAAAUAGCUUCAGAUCUGUCAUUAAAUAACUUAUAAUUAUAGACCUGUGAUAGAACACAGAUUAACAGAUGUUUAUCUCUGAAUAAUUGUAAUCUCUGAAAAAAUUGCUACUGAACAACCAUGGAAUCUAUUCUUUGCUCGGUCCAUGCCAAUGCAGUACUAGAACACUGCCAUAUAUGUUUGGACUAAAUGGUGAAAUAGUAUGAGCCAAACUGC